GCAUCUUUUACACGCAGUCUGACGAAAAUGGCGCCCAAGGAACUCAACUUCAUCACUGGCAACAAAAACAAGCUGGCCGAGGUCAAGGCCAUCUUGGGUGACACGAUUGUGCUGAAAAACCAGUCGCUGGAUCUGCCCGAAGUGCAAGGCACGGUGGAAGAAGUGACGAUUGAAAAAUGCAAGAAGGCUGCUGAGCUCGUUGGCGGCCCGGUGCUGGUGGAAGACACUUGCCUCUGUUUCAAGGCGAUGAACGAUUUGCCGGGACCGUAUAUUAAAUGGUUCAUGGAAGCCCUUGGAGCCGAGCAGCUGCACAAGAUGCUGGCCGGAUUCGAGGACAAGUCCGCCCAAGCCGUCUGCACCUUCGGCUACUCUGAGGGCCCCGGCCACGAGCCCAUCCUUUUCCAGGGAAGGACAGACGGCAAGAUCGUGCCGUCCCGAGGCCCAACGGUGUUCGGCUGGGAUUCGACCUUUGAGUACGAAGGCCAGACGUACGCGGAGAUGGAGAAGUCGGAGAAGAACAAGAUCUCCCACCGUGGCAAGGCGCUGGCGAAGCUGACGGAGUGGCUGAAGAACCACGCCGACUGAACGUCCCACGCUUGACCACCAGCAUCGAGCAAUAUAGACCACUUCAAGUUUUGUCC